UCGACUCCGUACAGACCCAGAGAGUCCCCUCGUAGCCGGCCGUCGACUCCGUACAGACCCAGAGAGUCCCCUCGUAGCCCGCCGUUGACUCUGUACAGACCCAGCGCACGGCAGAGCUGUAGAAUUUGCAUACCGCUUGCGUUAGUAAGCUUAUCAAAGCUCUUUCUAGCAGGACAUUCAGGGAGGGGGAAGCAGUUGCUUCCAGGUAAGUGUUUGUCUCCCUGGGUGUUCAUAGUGUCGGCUCUUUACCCUGUUCGAGUGUUGAAGUGUCCACAGAGUAUAGAGAAAGUAUCUGGGUUGUAGUAGGGGGGUUCUGAUGGAGGUAUAUAGAUGGCACACAUGUAGACAUGUGCCAUGUUUGUUAAUUUUCAACCAUAUAUUAGCUUCUUCUUGUUUAAUAACUGAUGGACUGGCUCAGUUCUGAUUUACACAAUAUAGUCAGGCCUCCUGAAUCUCUGCCUUGGGUUAUUGUGGGAUUUUUUGUUGAUGGUAUAAUAAUGUCAGUGUAGCCGUGAGGACGACCAGUGGAAACAUCUUCUCUGCACCAUGUCUCCUGUAAAACUAUGAUGUCAGAGUCUUUUAACUCUCUAUUAAAAUCUGGAUUUCUGCUCUUUAAACCAAAAGCUGAUGAUCUCAGACCUCGAAUGUUCCAACAUGUUAUUGUAAACGAUUUCAUCUCCAAGUGUAAUCUGUUCAAAAAUUAGACAAACACCUUAAAAAACAAAUAAUAGUAAAGUAGAUAUUAAAAAUAAUACUAUUAACAAACAAAAAGGAAAAAGUGUAAAAAGAGGAAAAUUAAACUAAAUGAAUAAAAUAUUAAACUUUGAGUGUUGAGUGUUUCACGUGUGAAAUACUGUUAAGAAUUGUCCUUAAAUUGCUACUCGUUUAAAAUGAUAUCCAACAUGCUAAACCAUGAAUUAUAUUGAUGUCGUCUGGUUUCUUCACAGGAAGAUGUUUGACCAGAUGGCUACAAGUCAGCGAGAACACGAGGACGAGCUUCAACAAGACAAUAAUAUUAGUUCAUAUCCAGCUGAAGAGACUGAAACAGACAAACCUAAGUGGAGCAGAGAGGAGAGCGAUCAGGAGGAAGAGGAGGGUGAUGGAGAGGAGGAAGAGAGCGAUCAGGAGGAAGAGGAGGGUGAUGGAGAGGAGGAAGAGAGCGAUCAGGAGGAAGAGGAGGGUGAUGGAGAGGAGGAAGAGAGCGAUCAGGAGGAAGAGGAGGGUGAUGGAGAGGAGGAAGAGAGCGAUCAGGAGGAAGAGGAGGGUGAUGGAGAGGAGGAAGAGAGCGAUCAGGAAGAAUCCCAAAAAUGGGAAGACAAAGAUAAAAAUCAAGAAAUUUUUGAGAAGAUAAAGGAUUUAGAGGCCAGGCAAGGUACAUCUGAAUCUGCAAUAAGGGUGGGGUUGAUCAAUGUUUCGUCACUGAACAAGAAGAAAACUCCGAGGAUCAAAGCUCUCAUAGAAACAAACAAACUGCACGCCCUUCUUACAACAGAGACGCAUUUAAAAAGUGAAAAUGCAAAGGAUGUGCUCAAGAAGGCUACGCCUGAAAACUACAGGUUUUGUUAUCAGUGUAGAGAUGGAGGACGGGGAGCGGGGCCGACAGGAGAAGAGCAGAAAGAUGGAGGGGUAGGAAUGCAAGAAGGUGGAGGGGUAGCAAUCCAGUUCCUAAAUAAUGAAGAAUGUCACCCAAUCCAUUUUGAUGUUGAUAUUGAACAUGUUGGCGCAAAGCUGACAUUUGGUGGACGGGAGGUUAUGAUUAUCUGUGUGUAUCGUCCACCAAGCAAUGGAUGCAAGAAAUUUCUAAAACAGACAGAAAAAGACUUCAAGAAUUUUCUGAAGGAGAUGGGCCUAGACAGCCAAAGUAGUCAGGAUGAGAAGGACAAGAACAGCGAGAAUGUUCUUACUGAGAGGGACAAGAAGGUGAGGACAUUUUUAGAAGAUAAGUGCACGGAAAUCAACAACUGUUUGAACCCAGUCAGGAAAUUUCAGAAAAAGAUACAAGAGGACAUCGAGAAAUUUCUGGAGGAGAUGGGGCUAGACAGCCAAAGUAGUCAGGAUGAGAAGGACAAGAACAGCGAGAAUGUUCUUACUGAGAAGGAGAAGAAGGUCAGGACAUUUUUAAAAGAUAAGUGCACAGAAGUCCAAAAAUGUUUCAACCCAGUCGGGAAAUUUCUGAAAAAGUUUGAAGAGCUUGUGAAUUGUGUUUCCAACACUCACAAAGACCAAAGUAUCAUUAUCGCUGGUGAUUUCAAUUUCCAAGUUAAUAAAGACGACAACAAAGACGCUAAUCAUUUUAAAGAGCUUUUAAAAAAUGUUGAACUUAAUCUAGAAUCUAAUAGAACAGACAAUCCUGUGUGGGAGGCAACACACGAGAAAGGUAACACUCUGGAUCUGGUCAUCACCAAAAAUGUUAAAAUCAAUUAUCACUUUGUCCACAAACCCGACCCCGUCCCCAAACUAUCAGAUCAUUACACCAUAUUUUUCUCCGCAGGGCUAAAAUAAAAAAAAGAAACGCCUGCACAUCAACAUCAACAUCAGGGGUAUUCAAUUUGAAUUCAAAGAGGUCCAGUUAGAGACAAUUUCCCGAAGCAAAGGUCCGGAACAUCAUGGAGCGCGAGCGUGAGCGCGAGCGUACGUGUUGGUAAAUGCAACUUUCAGUGUGUGUAUUGAUAACAGAUCGUGCGCAUCUUUAAAGUAUGAUUCAAUUUUGCGUAAAAUCAUCCUCUGCACUGUAAUAGCACAAUACAUUAGAUAACUGCCCCCCAAAAAGGACACGAUCCCCUCUCACUUGGCUUCCCCAAUAACUUACCACACCCCACGCCACUGACACAGAGAAAUCCUCAACAUUAACAUGAAUCCUGAUGAUGGGAUAUAUUCCAUAUACUGAUGAACAGAAUCAGAGUGUCGUCUGCUGCUUAAACACCAGAUGGCAGCAGAGAUCAGACUCACCCAGAGAGAGCGCCACGCACACACUGACAACAUGUGAUGUCAUGUGUGAUGCCACUUCUAUAACAUGAUGUCAUGGGGGAUGUCAUUUCUGUUACAGGUGAUGUCACUUCUAUAUGGUGUGAUGUCAUUUCUAUAAGGUGUGAUGUCAUUUCUGUUACAGGUGAUGUCAUUUCUAUAAGGUGUGAUGUUAUUUUUCCAUAAGGUGUGAUGUUAUUUUUCCAUAAGGUGUGAUGUCAUUUCUAUAAGGUGUGAUGUCAUUUCUAUAAGGUGUGAAGUCAUUUCUAUAAGGUGUGAAAGGUGUGAUGUUAUUUCUAUAAGGUGUGAAAGGUGUGAUGUCAUUUCUAUAAGGUGUGAUGUUAUUUCUAUAAGGUGUAAUGUCAUCUCUAUAAGGUGUGAAAGGUGUGAUGUCAUUUCUAUAAGGUGUGAUGUUAUUUCUAUAAGGUGUGAUGUCAUCUCUAUAAGGUGUGAUGUUAUUUUUCUAUAUGGUGUGAUGUUAUUUUUCUAUAUGGUGUGAUGUUAUUUCUAUAAGGUGUGAAAGGUGUGAUGUUAUUUCUAUAAGGUGUGAAAGGUGUGAUGUCAUUUCUAUAAGGUGUGAUGUUAUUUCUAUAAGGUGUAAUGUCAUUUCUAUAAGGUGUGAUGUUAUUUCUAUAAGGUGUAAUGUCAUCUCUAUAAGGUGUGAAAGGUGUGAUGUUAUUUCUAUAAGGUGUGAAAGGUGUGAUGUCAUUUCUAUAAGGUGUGAUGUUAUUUCUAUAAGGUGUGAUGUCAUCUCUAUAAGGUGUGAUGUUAUUUUUCUAUAUGGUGUGAUGUUAUUUUUCUAUAUGGUGUGAUGUUAUUUCUAUAAGGUGUGAAAGGUGUGAUGUUAUUUUUCUAUAAGGUGUGAAACAGAAAUGCAUUCCUGAAACAAAAAAUUUAACCAAAUUAAAAUAACAGUCCGAUUUUGGUUUUUGCAAAUUUGCUUCUUGUUUCUUUGUUUGAAUAAAGACAUUAUGAAAAUAAAAACAGGUGGGUCAGGUGACCCGGAAGUAAAAGUACAUAUUAAAAAAUAAAAGCAAAGAGUUUAGAAUGGCCGUUCUGUAACAGUAUGCAGCACUAACGUUAUACCAAGGUAACGUCAGAGGAAACAUUAAAUAAUAAAUAAAUGAACUGGACUGAUGGGAGUCUGUUAGCAUCAGCUAGUGUUGUAGUAUCUAGAUCGGUCUUGGUCUGGAGACCGGCCUUAAGUCCACUUCUUGGUCUCGUCUCGACGGCACUUGUACUCUGUCUUGUCUCGGACAUUGAGGACUCAGGAUUUUAUUUCAGUUUUUACUAGUCAAGACCAUAACUUUGGGAAUAUCAAUAAAUUGCUUUUGCAUUGUCUGAUGUAUUCGUUAACAUCCUAACUUUGAUUGGAUGUAAAAUGUUUUGCUUCAUAUGGAACCAAUAACUCAAAUUACAAUGUACUGUUCCCAUUAACGACUGCCCCACCCCCUCUAUCUGAUUACAUGUGGUUUAAUAUUGUGCAUUUAUCCAUGUACACAGCAAGAGUCUGCUCUCCUCAUCUCCUUCUUCCUCUCCGUUGGGUUUACAGGGGUCUCUGUUGUAGCUCCCAGUCACCACUUUAGAAUAUUUCCAUUCUGCAACUGCGAGCCUC